UUGUCACAGGGAGUCUGUUUUUUCUGAGUGACUUGCCAGCUCUCCCUGGCUGGCCAUCCUCACAGUGGCUCUGAAAGCAACCGGAGAGGCAGCUGAGGGAUCCUGGCUGAUCCGGAGUCCAGGUGAAGCAGGCUAGAGGCUGGAUUGAUGGGGAGGUUGGCAUGUCACCAGUCUGAAUGCAGAGCAGGGGAGGGGGCCAGCCAGGCAGGACUGUAGUUGGGUUGUUUGGUUGAUGAAGGGGGUCAGCGUAGGCAUGUGUCAUCGUCGAGGUAGGCAGGGAAGGGGAGGGCUGUGCGUGGGGAGAGGAUAUAUAUGCUGGUGUGGCUGACACAGAGGAACAAGCCUCACAUCUGAGAGAACCCUGUGACAGACAGCGUCAGCCUCUUGCUUCCCACUGCUGCACGAUGAAAAUCCUGUUUAGUGAUGUUCUGCUGCUCAGCCUGCUCUCCAGUGUGUUCAGCAGCUGUCCCAGGGACUGUCUCACCUGCCAGCAGAAGCUCCACCUGGACCCAGACAGCUUCAACUUGAAGGUGUGCAUCCUCCAGUGUGAAGAAAAGGUCUUGCCCAGUCCUCUCUGGACUGCAUGCGCCAAAGUCAUGACCAGUGGCUCUGGGCAGCUCAGCGCUGCUGACCCGGAGCUCGUGUCAGCGGCUCUUUACCAGCCAAAAGCCUCGGAGAUGCAGCAUCUGAAGCGAAUGCCCCGGGUCAGGAGCUUGGUGCAAGCGACAGAUACAGAGCCCAGCCCAGAUGAUGCCGAGCAGGUGGAGCAGAAGCAGCUGCAGAAGAGGUUUGGGGGCUUCACUGGGGCCCGGAAGUCAGCCCGGAAGUUGGCCAACCAGAAGCGGUUCAGUGAGUUUAUGAGGCAGUACCUGGUCCUGAGCAUGCAAUCGAGCCAGCGCCGGCGCACUCUGCACCAGAAUGGUAAUGUGUAGCCAGAAGGAGUCCCUCCCAGCCGCACCGGCCACUGCAACCCAUGAGCAUCCAGGUGAUCCCCCGAACAGCAUGUGUCCACGCCCAGACCUGCCGGCCGGGAGUCAGGAUUCCUUCUUCCCUGAGGCACUGAGUACCCACAACACCUCCCUGCCCAGUCGUUACCCUCUUGCCCACGGCAUGUUUCACCACAACCCGGUUGCUACAUCAGAGUGUAUUUUUGUAAUUCCUCCAGCUAACAUUUUAACAGCCCCAUCUCCUGGCUCAUCUUCUGCCCUCUCGUGGGGCCAGGUGAGAGGAACAUGAAAUCAGACCUGGGGUUUUGCCUCGUCACUGCCAUAAUCUGUUUGUAAAAGAGCUGUUCUUUUUGACCGGCCUUUUGAAACAGCUCUCUCCAUUAAACUUCUACUGAGCAAAUGGUUAAUAAACCGCGUUGGCUGUUUUUUGUUUUUGUUUUUUAAUAUAUUUUAUUUUAUCUUUAUGUGCAUUUGUGUUUU